UCGAUUCCGCCUCUCCCUCUUUCGUCGCUCAAACCCCGGGCCUCUCGGCGCUUCGGACUCUUGACUCAAUCAUCAUCAUCAGCAGCAGCAACAACAACAACAUCAACAACAACAUCAACAACAACAUCAUCAUCAUCAACAACAUCACCACCUUCAACAACAGCAGCGACAUCAGCAUCAGCCCGUGCCGCCAUGGGGGGAUUCUUCACGCGACUCUUCGAUACCCUCGUGGGGAAGAAGGAGAUGCGCAUUCUCAUGGUGGGGCUCGACGCCGCCGGCAAGACGACCAUCCUCUACAAGCUCAAGCUCGGCGAGAUCGUCACCACCAUCCCCACCAUCGGGUUCAACGUGGAGACUGUGGAGUACAAGAACAUCAGCUUCACAGUGUGGGACGUGGGCGGCCAGGACAAGAUCCGUCCGCUGUGGAGACACUACUUCCAGAACACGCAAGGGCUGAUAUUCGUGGUGGACAGUAACGACCGCGAGCGAGUGAACGAGGCGAGGGAGGAGCUGAUGCGGAUGCUUGCGGAGGACGAACUCCGGAACGCCGUACUGCUCGUGUUCGCUAACAAGCAGGACCUGCCCAACGCGAUGAACGCGGCCGAGAUCACGGACAAGCUGGGCCUGCACUCGCUGCGCCAGCGGAACUGGUACAUCCAGGCAACGUGCGCCACCAGCGGGGACGGCCUCUACGAAGGUCUCGACUGGCUGUCGAACCAGCUCAAGAACCACAAGUGAACGUCCGUCGGAGGCGGGGAGAGAUGACGCACACACGCUCGCACACAAGCGCACGCACGCACGCGCAGAAACACACAGACAUUGCCAAGGGCAGACGUGUGCAGAGACACAAGGACAAACGCACGCACACGCAGACACAAAGAUUCCCCCCGUAUAGCCUCGACAGACCUGUCGGGGCAAGUGUUGUUAGCGAGCACCUACGAAGGCCGGCAAGGUGCACGUUGGACAAAUGCUCGGGCGUGUUCACCCGGUCACGCGCACGUGUAGAGGCCUAUACCAGACCCACGCGCGUACACACAGAGACGCACGCACAAACGCACGCACGGCUUCGUACAGACACAGGCAUGGGCAAGUCGUAAGCCACAUACACGCACAUGGCCACGUGCCCACAUGCACGUACACAAAAGCACGUUUCAAUACGGACGCAAAGCAAAGAACCCCCGUGUAGCCUUUAAGAGACUGUUGGGGCAAGUGCUGUUAGUGAGCACCUAUGCAGGCCGGCACGGCACAUGAGGGGGUGGGUGGCCAGCACCACGCCCGACCGCCUUUGUCUUCCCAGCAGCGAUGUUUACUACACACCGCACCAGGUACUCAUUGUGAGGCUGAGUUGACCUACAAGAGGCCCAGGACCAGUUCAGAUAAUCGCCACUGGUGUUGGCCGUGAGCGGGUCGCCGGAUAUCAUAGCACGGCGCGCGAACCACUACACUGACCGCUUCCCUGAGCACACAGACAUACAUACAGGCAGUAACACACACACACACGUUCACACUUGGGCGAGAGAGAGUUGUAGAUAUCCUGUUGAAACCUUAUCGAUCACAGGGGCAAACGCUGUUGUUAGCGAGCAUCUAUUAAGGUGGUGGCGGGAAGCGUGGGCAAAAUCUAUCGGGAAACUUGUGUCUGGUUUUAAACACUACAAGUCGAUCGUGACACUACAGUCAACGUUGGCCGAGGUUCCAUCCCUGGCUUUGAUGCAGGCAGGGACUUUGUGUCAACCUGGUCUCGGGCUCCCCUAAAGUUUAGUUUGUUGUCCUUCCCCCGCGCCUUCGAUUAGCACGGUUGGCUACGUGCGUUGCGAAAAGAAGUUCAACGUGCACACGUAAAAGUUAUUCGGCCAUAGAUGAAUACCUUGUAUCAGCGCUGCGGAGAGACGGUGUGAAGGGUGUUCAAGCAGCUGGCCACAACACUCUAUUGUACGUAUCUACGUUGAACUUAUACAGCUAGAAACAACAGUUCCACACUGCCCACCAGGGAUUAUUUGUCUGUCGUGCAUAGCCCCUCCCAAACAUGUAGUACGCUCCCGGAUUGGUUGAAGUGCGUCACGUGACCGCGAGCUUUCUGUCGUGCACGAAUGCGCUGUCCAACCAAGUUCAUACCUGCCCACUCAGAAAAGGAACGUGUUUUCGCACCGUACGUAGCCGACCGUGCGGGGGAAGGGCAGCAAACUAAUACUAAACAAACUGUUGCGAAGAAAAUAGCGUGCCGUGUCGGGCCCUGUAUAGGUGCUCGCUAGCAGCAAAUUCUACCAACAGCUUGCGAGGCUCAGCAAGCGCGUACGCACAACGUACGCACAACGUUCGCACAACGUUCGCACAACGUUCGCGCAACGUUCGUGCAACGUUCGUGCAACGUUCGCGCAACGUACACGCGACGGCUGAGCAACUCGAGCAAUUAAAAUGUAGUUCUCAGGCUCCAGUUGACACCGGAUACGGUCCUGUAAGCAUCAAUUAUUUCCGAAUCACGUGGGGCUGGUUUUUUGUUGUCGUUGUUGUUGUAUGCGUGUGCGUUCGCACGUCCGCACAGGUGUACAUACGUUUGCACACGUGUUUACAUAUACAGCGCACGCCCACGCGUGUGUAGAAACACAGACACCCACCCGUGUACAUACGUACGUGGAAGUGUACGUUGCACGUGUUUACGUGCGCGCACAGACGUCGUUAGCCUCUCACGAGGGCAGUCACGUGGUUCCCUGCUGACGUUGGUGCAGAGGGAGUUUCCAUCGCAGUCUUAUCAGGGGCUGAUCGUAGCCUCAUCUCAUGCCCUGUCACAGGCCUUGUCACAGCCUCCAUCACAUGCCCACCAGUGCCCCCACUCAGCCCCAUCACUACUCUCAGUCCUGCUCAAGGUUUCGAUCACGGGCUGAGCUGACCUCGUGGUGAAACCUACUCGCCACUGUGCUGGAUAGCAACAAGCCCUCGGUUCGAACCCCGUUACAGCCGCCAUAGAAUACGGAGCAUGUGGGCUCGGAUGUGACGAAGCCUCCAACGUGGCCGUUGUGUUUAACAUCUCCCGAUGCGACAUUUUGGAGAGAAUAUCGAUUCGAGAGUAAAGUGAAAGGACCUUGGUUCUUCGCUGAGAUUGUCCGGUGGAGCUCGUUGGGGGAUGAUGAUGAUGAGCAGUUUUAACACGUAGGCAAUCGUGGCCAAUAUCCAUAGUACAGGUUUUUUUGGGUUGGAUCGCGUAAAUAUAAAUGUCUUUAAAUCUCGCUGUCGUCUGAUGAUGCCGAUUGUAAUUACUGGCGAAACGUCUUACGCAGAUUGUACAUGUUGUGAAUUUUCUCUCCGACACACGGGUGACGAACUUUACAAAUGUGCUGUGUUGGGUGGUGGCGGCGGGUUUAACGACACAUUUUGACGCGGUCUGACCCAAAAAAUCUCUUGUUACGGAUGAUGUUGAUGACGAGUCUCGGUCAGCUCUCGUGCAGUUAUUAAAAACAAAAAGGGAUUCUCAAUGUCGCUCGGCGAUUCCGGUUUUUUACAGGAAAUGACUACAGCCAUCUCCCCCUCUACCAGACACUCACUCCCACAGAUGCUAUGCAGUGGUUAAAGAAUUGCGGCGUGUUCGUUGCACAUUCGAUUUUAACGCUAUUCGUUUUCGCCGAAAAAUACCGCGGCAUCAUCCCAACUACCCGUGGUGUAUUUAUGAACUAACACGUAAGUCAAGUUAGCGCUUAUAUUUUUGUGUUUAUUGUGGGGCGGGGGGGGGGGUGUCAUUUACGCAUUACGCGGUUGGAAACGCGCGCGCACGCCGACGUGGCUUCAGGCGUUUGUCGUGACGGCCGUGUCGGACUUCCGGGGGUCGUGCUCUCAUCGUAACGGCACGUGGGGCUGCCCCCCCCCCCCCCAGAGGUCGCAACCGGGUACCCGAUACCCGUACCCUACCCGAUACCCGGCAACCCGUACCCGGCCAGGUACGGCUACCCGUUUGCGACCUCUGCCCCCCACCCCGCACCUGCCCACCCGAGAUUGUCACCGACAAGAUCGUCGCCUGCCAUGAUCCAACCACUGCUGGGUUGAAGGCCUCACCCGUCGCUGUGUCUUCACCGUCUCGCGACGAUCCUUUCCGAGAUCCGAUUCCAUCGCUCCGUGAAGGAUGAGUGAUUAGUGAUGGGUUGUGUGCGGACUAAACGGGGCGGGCAGGGGAGUGGUGGUGGUGACAGCGGUUUUGCGUUUUUGUGAAAAAAAGCCGACUGGCGUUUUUUCUUUUAUUGGGUUUUGCAAAAAAAAAAAGUUUUCUGUCAUUUAACAAUAACGAAAAUGGGAUUUUGUUUGAGGUUAUAAAAUUCACGGGGGUCGGGUGUAAGUCGUCGUGUAAAGAGGAGCAGGCUGGGGACACUUUGAUGUCAUCGUCAUUAUAGAAAAAAAAAUGCCUUAGAGUUACCAUGUUUUUGUUGUUGUUUUACGAUAUUUGAGCGCCAUCGAAAUGUGUCUGCCCGUGAGAUGUGCCGGGUGUUGAGGGAGGAAUCGGAAAGGGGGCAACGCGAGGGGGGGGGGGGUGGUGCUCCACUCGGCACUGCUCUCUGAGUUGGUCAUCCCUCCCCUCCCCCGCACCACCAAUUAACACGGUUGGCGACCUACGCUGGUGCGAAAGAAGUUCCACGUACAGAGCGGUGACCCCCUGGUGCCCCCCAACCCCCCCAUUAAAUUAUCCAAAACGUAAUAUUUUUAAAGGUUUAUGAAUAUGCAAAGGGAAGGGGAAAAAAAUGUUUGUGGGGGGGGGGGUGUCACGAGACAUCUGGACCACCCCUGUGCAUGCGACCCCUUGGCAGUCCGAGACCCUUGGUGAUGGAGGGGGUCACCCAUUCAAGCGCUGCCCAGGUUUAAAAUCAGACUUGGGCUUCCAACAGCGGAUAGGACGACGCAGAGUGGCACUUUGGGGAGCAAACGCUUGAUCGAUUUCUUUUGUAUACAUGUGCGUGUAAAAGUGUUGGCUUGAAAACAACGACAAAAAGUAAAAGAAUGUUGAUACGUUAAACAGUGUCUUUAUUAUCGGAACAGGAUAAAGAUUUUAAAAGAAAUAUCUGCAGAAGUAAACUAUUCACCUAUUUACUCCCGGCAUAUUAAGAGUCGCCGUUCUUGUUAAGCGUUUCGUUUAGGAAGAUGCCACUCCUUAUGCCUGCCCCCCCACCACACACCCCCAUGUUCUCAUACGCAUAAGUCUCUCAAAGUAAUCAUGUUUGCGGGCUCAAUGCGGUGUGUUGCGCUAACGGACGGUGCUCACGUAGGUAAAUUAUUUAGCCUGUUGUUAUUGCUGUUGCAUCCAACUCCGUUGUUGCCGAGGAAAUCGAUCCGUAGUUCAACGCGCGCCUCCUCGGUUGUCGUCCUUCGGCUGUUACGCUCCCAGUUUGAAUACAUUUCUCAUAUUCCACGCGGCCCGAUGAUGACUUUAUAUAGUGGUUUAAAUGUAAUUACAUGGUGUAAUGCUGUAAUAUUAAUACAUAAAAUUACAUCUCUUUGAAAA